AUGUCACAAGACAGCGUUAUUGCUGCUCUUUCCAAAAGCUUGCCACCAUGGCUUUUACUCAAGGCAACCGACCCUCUGUCCGUGGUUUAUUUGGCAGCCUUGGUGAUCGUCUUGUUGUUGAGUACAUUUAUCGUCUUUUCAAAGACGAGAGGACAUAAACGGGACACAUUCCUGCUGGCAGGUCUGUCGGAUGCUGGAAAGACAGUCCUCUACGUGAAGCUUCGAAAUGGGCAGAUGGUUGAUACGCAUACCUCUAUGACGGAAAAUGAGGGACGAUUUGUACCAAUAUCUCAAAAGCACGGCAAAAGCCAACAGCGUCCCGUCCAUGUCGUCGAUCUACCGGGCCAUGAGAAGUUGCGAUUUAAAUACACUGAAUACCUCCCUGUCACGGCGGGCAUCGUUUUCGUCGUUGACAGCACCACAAUACCGCGACAGCUUCGCUCCGCAGCGGAAUACUUGUACGAUAUUUUAGCAAAUCGCUACACUCAGAGGAAUGAAAUUCCGAUUCUCGUACUGUGCAAUAAGAACGAUAUGCUGCUAGCGUUGAAGGAAGAUAAGAUUCAAACAAUGCUGGAAGGAGAAAUUGACAACCUCCGCAAGACGAGGUCUGCCGAGGUGCAAAGUCUGAUGGAUACGAUCACAAGAAAGCGAUGCAAAACACUAAAGCAAAAGGGCAAGGAGCGGAGUUGGGGUAAAGAAGCGCCUCUCUGGACCACACAAUACGUGGACGAGCUUUCCAGCAACACGCGCAUUAGUUUUGACGAGGAUUUUAUUUGCUUUCUGGAAGCAGAAACAUUGAGCAAGAUGGGGAAAAUGUGUCAAAUCGUCAUGGGGCCAGCUGGAAGCGGAAAGUCGACAUAUUGCUCAACAAUAAUGACUCAUUGUGAGACGAUAAAACGGACGGUACACCUUGUUAAUCUCGAUCCCGCCGCAGAGAGAUUUACGUAUCAACCAACAAUAGAUAUCCGAGAUCUCAUCACACUCGAAGACGUUCAGGAAGAACUUGGAUACGGCCCGAAUGGUGGACUCAUAUACUGCCUCGAAUUCCUCACAAACAACCUGGACUUUUUAGAGGAAGAGCUUGGCGACCAUGACGAUGACUACCUCAUUGUUGACUGUCCCGGUCAAAUUGAGCUGUACACACAUUUUCCAAUCAUGAAGACAAUAGUGCAGGCCCUUCAACGACUGGAUUAUAGGGUCUGUGGAGUAUAUCUAUUGGACUCGCAAUUUGUGGAAGAUCCUAGCAAAUUUUUUGCUGGGGUCAUGAGCGCCAUGAGUGCCAUGGUUCAAUUGGAGAUACCACAUAUCAAUGUGAUGACUAAAAUGGACUUGAUCGACAAGCGGCAUAAAACCCAGGAUAUUGAACGAUACCUCUACCCAGAUCCAACCCUCCUCCUGGAAGACGUGAAUCAAAACACCCGACCAAAGUUCCGUGAUCUCAAUGAAGCUCUCGUACGACUGAUUGACGAGUACAACAUGGUAACAUUCGUCCCACUCAAUAUCAAGGACGAAGAGUCUGUUGAAUUGGUUCUAUCACAUGUGGAUAACGCCAUACAGUACGGGGAGGACGCAGAACCAAAAGAGCCAAAGGAUAUGGAUUUUGAAGACUGGGAAGGACAGAGCGAAGACUAG